GCAGCUGAGCGAUUGAAGCGCCAGUUUCGGAAGCUGGACACGAACCGCGAUGGGCUGCUGGACAAGAGCGAGCUGCAUGCGCUACUGCAGAAGGGAAACCCGACUUUUACGGAAGAGGAAGUUUCAAUACUCUUCACCCAGAUCAGCAGGAACGAUGACAAGGUAACCUUCGACGAGUUUGUGGACUACGUCUACGAUAGGGAACUGAAGCAAUCGAAGAAAGAGCUCAGCUACUGGGAGAAGAAGGUGGAUGAGAUGAAGAAGAUCUCUGAAGCCCACAUGGCCGAGGUCGACCGCGUCUGCUUUCAUGGAGCGUUUCUCCACGAAGACCUGAACGGUCGCUUCUCCAAGGCCGACUGGAGCUUCAACGACCUUCCCGUCUACGAGCGAGGAUACCCCGAGGCCUACAUCUUCUACGGCUGGACGGAGGAUGGCAAGAAGCAAGGUUGGUUCGUGGCCUCCAGGGUUCCGAAGGCUGGGUCGGUUAAACGCUACAAGAUGUUCAAUCCUUCCAGCCAUGCAGCAGGACCGCACCUUUGCACCGCCAUCUGGCGGAACCCCUCUGGGAAGCUGGACAAGCGACUCUUCUGCAUGGCAGAAAAUCGCGAGGCCUGGGAUGAGACGGAGGAGGGCCGGUGCUUGGAUGUGGAGCUGUGGGACGGACAUGUGCCUGAGCAGUUCCAGGUAGACGAGUCCAUGCAUGAUGCGCUGGAGGACGAAUGGGAGCAUGAGUGGCAAGAGGAAGCCGGCGAGGGCGUGGAGGACUUCGGUGCCGAAGGGUACGAGCUGAUGUACGAGGGUGGUGAGGAGCCUGCGCCAGACGAAGACUUCGCCGAGGUGUGGCAAGAUCCAGACUUCCCAGCAGCCGAGAAGUCUGUUGGCAGCGCCGAGGGCUGGGACGACUGGCGGCGGGUGUCGCUGAUGCAUCCCCAGGCGCACCUUUUCUGCCGAGUCACCUCCGAUGAUGCCAUCAGCGAUGCCUUGAUCGGGAACUCCUGGUUCCUCUCAGCCAUGGCCUGCGUGGCUGAGUAUCCGGCAUGGAUCGUGUCGGCCUUCCGGCUGAACACCACGCUCACCGCCAACGGCGCUUACGCAGUUCGCUUCUACCACCCGGGGAAGCAGCGGUUCCAGUUCGUGGAGAUCGAUGACCGCAUCCCGACACUCAAGGGCGGCCCGAUGUCUGCCGGAGUCACCCCAGAGGGGGAGGUCUGGGUCGCUUUACUGGAGAAGGCCUUUGCAAAGUUCUGUGGCUCUUACAGGGCUGUGGAAGGUGGAUCUGUUGCCUAUGGACUGCUGCUCGGCUCAGUGUUGGAGGAGCUCACUGUUAUGCUCUUGAUUCUUGAUGCCGAGCUGACAAAGAAACUAGCUUUACCUCUGUGGUGGAGGGCUGGCGGAAAGCUUCGAAAGAUCUGCCGGCGCGACGCGGUGGAAGCACAUCUACACCAAAUGGCAUGGCAAGGACCAGGAGACUCUCGAUCGGAAGCUGGCAGAAGGUGUGGAGGAAGACGGUUUGGAGCUGGAUCAGGACUCGCUGUGGGUCGUGCUCCGGGAAUACAUGGAGUUCUGCUACCCAGUCGCAGCGACCGUCAUUCCCGAAACGAUCGAGGGCGCCGGGCUGAUGCCCAAGCUGGCCUACUCCGUGAUCGGCGCCCGAGAGGUGAAGCUGAAGCAAGGCCAGGUGAUCGAGUUAAUGAUUUACAAUUAACAAGCAAUACCUAG